AUGACUGAGAUCAUUCCUGGCUUGCAAGGGGAGAUACCGGCUAACUCUACAAAGGGCGUUCCCUUCGUAGCAGGAAAUAAAAAGGUUGCAGCUUGUGCAAAGCAUUAUGUGGCAGAUGGUGGAACAAACAACGGCAUCAAUGAGAACAACACACUGAUAAACAAACAUGGGUUGCUCAGCAUUCACAUGCCACCCUACUAUGACUCAAUUAUCAAAGGUGUGGCAACCAUUAUGGUAUCUUACUCAAGCUCGAAUGGAGUAAAGAGGCAUGCUAACCGUGAUCUUGUCACCAGCUUCCUUAAGAACACUCUCCGUUUUAGGGGGUUUGUCAUCUCAGACUGGGAGGGUAUUGACAGAAUCACCUCUCCACCUCAUGCCAACUACUCUUAUUCAAUUCAGGUAGGAAUCAAUGCCGACAUUGACAUGUUUGUCAUGGGACUAUUUGAGGAACCGUUGGCUGAUCUCAGCCUGGUCAACCAGCUUGGCAGUCAGGAACAUAGAGAAUUGGCUAGGGAAGCUGUGAGGAAAUCACUGGUGCUGCUCAAGAAUGGUGAAUCUGCUGACAAGCCAUUGCUACCCCUUCCCAAGAAGGCCUCAAAAAUACCUGUAGCUGGAGUGGAGGGUGGACUAUGGAGUGGCAGGAGGUGUCAAACGGGACUGGCCGGCCCAGCAUGGCACGAUCCCUUAAAUGAGGCACGGCACGAUCCCUUAAAUGAGGCACGGCACAGCCAUGGUCCGAGCCCGCUUCAAGCACGGCACGAGCCCAAGCCCGCUUCAAGCACGGCCCAUGCUUGGCCCACUUAA